AUGUCAAAUAUUAAUGGAAAAUCCGCUGCAGCCGACGGCAUGGCAGCAGUGAUAAGCGCCUGCAGCGGAAUACCAGAAAGACUCGACGAAAGUGAACACUGCCUGCUCUAUACGAAGGCCUGCCUUGAGUGUUUAGCCAACCAACUCACCUAUUUGGGACGUCUUGUAGCACCUCCCACUCAAUGGGCCCACCCCAUUCGGGGACCUCUGAGUUUGCAUAUGCCUCUAAGUCGCCACGCUGCCUGCUUCCUCUGUCUGUCUGUUAUGACGCACAAGGCCUCCCUCCGCGACCUCAUGACGCCCUUCAUGCACCCCAACCUGGCGGUGCUUCGUCGGCUGAUGGAGGAACUGGCCAACGUCCUGGUAAGCCCGUUAUCUUCGAAUCCUUGCUGA